GCAGAGAUAAUGCUCUGGGAGAAGGAUUCUGCAGCAGUCCUCAAAGGCUAGACUUGGGUAUCGCUGCAUAAGCGCUGAUUCUUCAGCUUGUCUCUAACCGAGGAAGCUGACUGGGAACUACUCAUUCAGAAAAUUAAAAGAAAGAAGCCAGAACUCGUUAUCAACCCUUUGAGAACACAGCAUAACGGACUUCCUUUACUACUUCCUUGAAUAGGAGAGGUCACAGGGCAUUAAAGAAUGGCAGAUGAUCGGAAAGAUGAAGCAAAGGUGCCUCACUGGACCUCAGCUCAACUAACAGAGGCGUCCACACACCCACAUCCACCUGAGAUUAAAGAUCAAGGCGGGGCAGGGGAGGGACUGGUCAGAAGCGCCAAUGGAUUCCCGUACAGGGAGGACGAAGAGGGCACCUUUGGAGAGCACGGGUCACAGAGCACCUAUCCAAGUGCCAAAGAGAAUGGGAUCAAUGAAGAGCUGACCUCAGCUGACAGAGAAACAGCAGCGAUCCAGAUAAACACUACUUAAUGUAUGAACAUGAACGGGUGCCCAUUGCAGUCUGUGAGAAGGAACCCAGCUCCAUCAUCGCUUUUGCUCUCAGCUGUAAAGAAUACCGAAAUGCCUUAGAGGAAUUAUCCAAAGUAACUCUGAGGAACAGUGUGGAAGAAGGGCCUCCAGUGAACAGUAUUUUAGACAGCAGACCAAAGAGUAGCAGUCCUAUAAGAUUACCUGAGAUCAGUGGAGGACAGACAAACCGUGCAGUAGAAACAGAACCACAGCCAAAUGAAGUGGAUGGAGGAGAUACACAAAAGAAGCAACUCACAAAUCCUCAUGUGGAGCUUCAAUUUUCUGAUGCUAAUGCCAAGUUUUACUCUCAGCUCUACUAUGCGGGAGAGUUUCAUAAGAUGCGUGAAGUGAUUCUGGGCAGCAGUGAGGAAGAUUUUAUGCGUUCUCUUUCCCACUCGUCGCCCUGGCAGGCCCGAGGAGGCAAAUCAGGAGCUGCCUUCUAUGUAACUGAAGAGGCCCACUGCAUUGGCCAAAAUUCUUGGAGUUUACAGAAUUGGUUAUAAGAAUUCUCAGAACAACACCGAGAAGAAGUUAGAUCUUCUUGUCGUGGAAAACCUUUUUUAUGGGACAAAGAUGGGACAGAUUAUAUUCGAACAUUUACGUGCGACAAAAAGCUUGAGAUGGUUGUGAAAUCAACAGGGAUUUUAGGAGGACAAGGUAAAAUGCCAACUGUGGUCUCUCCAGAGCUGUACAGGACUAGAUUUUGUGAAGCAAUGGACAAGUAUUUCCUGAUGGUACCAGACCACUGGACAGGCUUAGGUCUGAACUGCUGAAAUGAAGCACAUAUUUUGAAAUGGACUGUGAAGGAAGGGGGCUGGAACAAAGGACCAAAAAUAAGUUACAUGAUUUCUUUCUUCAUCACAUCACCACUAUAUGCCAGGCUCUUUCAUUCUGUGGCUGUGUAGGUCUGUAACUGAAGGGUUAAAACGCCAUGGAUUUGUACUUUGAUUUUGAUACUUACAAAUUAGCUAUCCCUAGGCUGGGAAGUUGCCUGAACAUUUUUUCACUUAAGCUAAAAUACAGACACAUUUUAAAAGCCUAAGAGAUGGUUAGAGAUGAGGAGAUAGGGUGAAAAAUAGGUUGUCAUAUUUGCUAACAAUCCUGUUAUAAAAACAGUCUCACAGAUUGUGACUCUCUUGUUAUGAUGUUUGUCACAUUCGUUACUUAGCAUUUAUAGAGCUGGUGAUUCAUUUUGCGUUUCUUAGGUAGCAGUUUAAUGUUGCCUAGGUAGAAUUUCUGAAACCUUGAAAAAAUUCUGAAUUAUUCUAUUAAUGGCCAGUUGAACAGAAUGACACACCUGUUCUUGUUUUAUUUGAGGAAUUUGAGUUAAAUUGGGAUUCCUGUCAUGUUCCGUUUCUUGCCAUUUUCAAGUAUGUUUGAUGUUUUCAAGUUCUGUUUUUAUUUGUCUGUGGGUGACAGGAGACUAUAUCCAUUAACUUUAGGCCUUUUUCUGGAGCUAUUUUUUAAGCUUCUUUAUAAUUUAAUAUGUUACACUGCACUUAUCUGCAUAUGCUCAUAUUCUAGGGUUUUUCCCUCACUUUUCAGGGAAACAUUAGUAUAUGAGUCCAGUGAGUAAAUACACAAAAGGAAAAUUAUUAAUGAAGAAUUUUUCUUAAUGUUAAAAAUAAAUGAGACCCGAUUAAAGACAUUGGGUGAGAGGGAAGCACUUGCUUGCUUUUUUUGGUAAAGGUAAAGUCUUUUUCAAUAUAACCAGCAAUUUAAGUGGCAUCUGUAAAAUUAAGUUUCCAGUGUGGACAUCCAUCCCUUAACUGUCUGUACCAGUUUCUAGGCAAGUUCUGACUAUUGAGAAAUACUAAAAGACAAAGUAUUCUUAGUAAGGAACUUCUUGUUUGAUAGAGUUUUCAUUUGUUUAAAAAGUGAUCAGAAGUACUAAAGUCUCUCUGAGGAAAUAAGGUAACCCCAAAUAUUUCCUCUUGGCCUCUUUCCGUAACAGGGAUAAUUUGGGGAUUUAUAAAGUUUUCUAAAGUUCUACUCUUUUCAGGCUUCCUAUGUAGCACAUUUCUAUGAUAACUUUCAUGUAGUAAGAUAAAGAAAUCUGGAUACAUUCCAGUUACAGACACUGUAAAUACAUGAAACAGGAAUAUUUUGGAAAGUUUUGCUUUAAAUAAUGGAAGUAUUAGUUUGGUGUUAGAAACGUGGUUUGUUUUGAAUUAGACCCAAAUUGACCAAGGACUUAUGAAUGAUUUGAUAAGCACUUCUUUUAAGAAUAAACAAAAAGAUGUGGUGUGCCUUUUGAAAACCUAGAAAACACUGGUGAUUUUUUUUUGAAAUUAAAGACCAGUAAAGAAGUUGUACAGGAGUGAAAAAUAUGUGCAACAUUCUUUAGAGUUCAUAUGUGUUCAAGAACAAUGGAUUUUGCAUUUCAUUUUGAAUGCAAACCCUGUUUUGUCUCUGUUCAUUUUUUCCUUCUAGACGCUUAGGGGUAUUUAUCCUGUCCAUUUCCUGUACCCCAGUCAUGAAUACUUCAAGCAGGAAGUGUCUUCCCCUAGCUCUGAUAAGGUUGUUUUUUUUUUUAAUCUUAAUACUGUGUGACUAGCUUGGGUCAGUCCUCCAUUGGAAUAGCUCCUGACAAUAAUGUGUCAGGUUGAUUUUGUUUUCCUUUCCCGAACUUGAAGAACUGUUUUUUAAAGUAGUGCUGCUGCUUAGAUAGUUUUGUGGCUAAAAACAGUUCCAGUCUAAUUUGAAGCAAUACUUGCUGCCUUGGAAGGGGGAUUUGUCCUUUUACAACUAUCUUAAUGAAAGGGAAAUACACAAUUUAAUUUGUGAGUGGCAGAACUAUGUCCCUGGCCCCUUGCUGCUCUUGGUUAGGCCACUACCACAUAUGUAAGGUGUUUCAAAUAUUGUGCUACUCAUUGUUAAGCUUUAACUCUCUUAAAUUCCCUUUCAAGCCCUGGACAAUAGUAAUGCUGAAAAAUUGAGAAUGAAGAAGAAAUCUUAAUACUUUCUUUCUUAGAGUAAAAUAUGAAUACUGAGAAUAACUGAAAGCACAGAAAAGUUAUGUGUACAUGUUGCAUUGUAUAAAAGUCUUAUUUACAAAAAUGAAAUUUUUUUGAUGCUGUCAAAACUAUUAAGAAGUGAAAAGGAUAUGCUUUUUUUUAACCCAAGCCUAUUGAAUAUUUAAAAUUUGUAGGUAUUCAAAAUUUCCUACAAAAUGUCCUUUCUAUAAUUUUUUCCUUGAUCCAGCAAUGAGGGUUUUCUAGCUUUGGCUUUUAUUGGGUAUUAUAAAUAGUAGGGUUGUGUUGGUUUUUGUGGCAGCAGUUUCCCCUUGGCGUUUUACCCAUUAGCAGUGGGCUUGUGUAAAACUGCCAAGGAAAGUAAUCUACCUGUAGAAAGCUCGCUUAACUAGCAGAGUGAACACUGUUGUGAAUGAGCCUUAUGGUGAAACAAGCCAUUCAUUAUUUCCCAAGUGUUAAUUUAACAUACUGAUUCAUGCAGUAUUCAAACCAUCUAGUGCAAUGCCUUUUUUUGUUUGUUUUUGUAAUACAGGUGCAGUGUAUUAUAGAAAAACAAAAAUUAUAAUCAUGAGCAGUUUUAUUAUGCUGCGUGCUAAUUUUGUAAAAAAUGUACAUUAUGUUUUUUGACAGGUUUAAUUUUAACUAGAGAAAUGACAUUGUAAAUCAUAAUAGCCUCUUUUAACUUAAUAUGAAAAAUUCAGUUAACAAUAUUGAAAAUACUUACUGUAUUAUAUUGUAUAUAUUUCUCUACUUUGGUUCCAGCUGUUUUUUUUUAUAUGAUUGACAUGUUAUUUAAGAGAUAAAACUGCCUUGAACUUCUGGAGACUGUAAAUAAAGAGGACUUAAGCCUUU